AUGUUGGCGAAAUUUUUUUAUGAAAAUCCUUGUACAACAUGUAUUCCCAGAGGUAUUCAUGUUAAUCAGGCUCUAAAUCAACAAAUCUCUACUGAUCUACUCUAUGCAUAUGAUCCAUUACAAGCUAAGCUUGAACAUUUUACAGAAGAACAAAUUCAAGAAUUUCGACAAGCUUUUCUUCUCUACGAUAAAGAUUCAGACGGUGCCAUUAGUCCCAAAGUGCUCGGAAGUGUAAUGAGAACACUCGGGCAAAAUCCCACUGAAGAUGAAUUGAAAGGAUUAAUCAAUGAAUUUGAUUGUGAAGGUAAAGGAUUGAUUGAUUUUAAUGAAUUUCUUCAAAUGAUGGCUAAACGAGCCAAUGAACAUAGUGAAGAAGAUGAAUUAAGAGAAGCUUUUCGUGUUUUUGAUAAAAAUGGAAAUGGUUUUAUUAAAGUAGCUGAAUUAAGAUAUGUGAUGACUAAUUUGGGUGAACAAUUUACCGAUCAUGAAGUUGAUGAAAUGUUACGUGAAAUUGAUACAGCUGGUAAUGGAAUUAUCCGGUAUGAGGAACUUGUUAAAGUUGUUAUGGGUAAAUAA